UAGUGUGUCAGUGCUAGUGUUCUGUUAUGCUGUUGUCAUUGAUUUCAGUGCUAUUGCUUAUUCUUAUUCUUACUUCUAUUAGUAUUAGUGUCAUUAAGUUCUACACAAUCAGUUUAUUUCUUGUGUUAUUAUAGCAGGAUUAGAAUUUGCAUAUUCAAGAAACCACAAGAUGGCACCUUUUUACAACUUUUCUUGGCUCGUCGAAGGGAAGAUCUGCGGCUGCGAUUUUCCUAGGGGCGAGAUUCAUCUUGAUUUUCUCAGAGAGGAAAAAGUAGGUGUUAUUGUAACACUUAGUGAAGAGGAACAGCUGCCUGCCACAGCCAGCAAUGAUUUUGAGUGUCACUUGAUUCCUGUCGUAGAGUUUGAACCACCAUCCUUGGAGCAGAUAUGUAAAUUCAUUUCAAUAUGUGAUGCAGCUCAUGAGAAGAAGAAGGCUGUUUGCGUACACUGCAGGUGGGGUCUUGGACGCACUGGAGUUAUGUUAGCAUGUUACCUGGUCAAAAAACAUCUUAUGUACCCCUUGGCUGCGAUACAUUUCAUACGAGAAUUCCGUCCAUACAGCGUAGAGACAUCUGAGCAAGAACAAGCAGUAUGCAAGUAUAGUGAACAAUUAUUAAAUAAUGAUAACAGCCAACUCACCAGAAGAAUUUCUGAAAACAGAUCAGAUGACUCACCCCCAUGGAAUUUUUCCUGGAUAGUCAAGAAUGAAUUGUGUGGUGGUGCAUGGCCGCAGUUUCAAGUGAAUGUAGAAUUUCUCAGGAAUGAAGGCGUAGGUGUUGUUGUAACUGCAUGUGAAGCAUCUCCUUUGCCAAAACCAUCAACAAGCGACAUAGAAAUACAUGUGAUUCCUAUUAAACCAAGUAAGGCUCCAUCCCUCUCUGACUGCAGGAAAUUCAUAACUAUCUGCAAUCAGGCCAGGAGUGAGCAAAAGGCUAUGUAUGUGUACUGUAGAAUGGGUCUUGGACAAACGGGCACCCUUCUGGCCUGCUACCUGGUAAAAUAUCAACAGCAGCCUCCUGCCAAGGCAAUCGCAAUGGUUCGAGAAAUGCGUCCGGGCAGUGUAAAGGACGCGGAGCAGGAAAUGGCUGUUCACACAUUUUGGAACUUCUUGAAUUGUGUAUGAUUUUUUUUUUUCUAUUUGAUAAAGAUAUAUAAAGAUUUAUAAGAAGGAAGUGAGGUUUUUAAAUUAUCUUUAAUUGGGUUUGUAGCUUCUAUGUACUAUUAUUUUAGUUAUCUCAAUAACACUUAAUAUAAUCUUAAUAGAGGUGAUCUGUAUUAGAGAGUUGUAUAUUAAUAAUAAAAGAUAUUAGCAGAUA